AUGCUGAACAAGAUUAGAGAAAUGAUAAUGUGUAAAUUUGAAAGACUGUGCACGGUGCUGGCCAUCACUUCCUGGGCUUGUGGUUUUUCUCUUGCCUUAGGAGACCUGAUUCUCUUUCUGAGAUUGCCCUACUGUGAGACCCGGGUGGUGAAUUUCAUCUUCUGUGAAGUCCUAGCUGUCCUCAAAGUGUCGUGUGGGGACACUUGGGUCAGCAAACUCUUUGUCAUCUCUACUGCUGCAUUUAUCUUAGUGGGGCCCCUUUCUGUGAUGCUGGUCUCCUACAUGCGCAUCCUCUUGGCCAUCCUGAAGAUCAAGUCAAAGGAGGGCCGCAGAAAAGCUUUCUCCACCUGCUCCUCCCACCUCUGUGUGGUUGGGUUCUACUUUGGCAUUGCUAUGCUGAUUUACUUGGUCCCAGAUGAUGGUCACUGGGAUGAGCAGAAGAAAGUCCUUUCCCUGUUUUAUGAUCUCUUCAACCCUUUGCUCAACCCUCUCAUCUAUAGUUUGAGGAAUGCCCAAGUGAAGGCUGCCUUCAACAGAGUACUGCGCAAACAGAGGACGUGA